CUAUAUAUGAGUCCCAUGAUUGCUAUAUAUAAGGUACGUGACAACAAUGACCUUCAGUUGGCUGUCAAAAGUACUUGCGAGAGCGCAAAAAGAGCCACUAAACACAGUGUCAGUUUAUGGUCAGUUAUUGUCACAGACUGGUGCAAGAUGUUCGCGCUUAAAUUUAUUUUUAUUUGGCUGCUAGUUAAUAAAUUGUCGUUAGUUUAUUCUGCGGAGUUAAAAUUCGAGAGCUCAGAAUGCGACGGACCGAAAAUAAAAGGUGCAGAUUGUGAGCGAGGUGAAAUUAGAUUUUCAUCGCGGCAUAAGCGAUCUACAACUAAUGAGAUUCCGGCGUUCGUCAAAGCUUUUGGAAAAGAAAUCUAUUUGUCGUUAACAGAAAGAGAAAGUGCAUUUUUUAGUCCAGCUACGCCAGUUUACAGGAUUUUCAGAGCUGCUGGUGGAACAUACAGGGUAGAUGGUAAUAAUGACAUGAGCUUAUACGCAAAAGCAAAAAUUUUCGAAGAUAUCAAUCAUUCUGCAUCAGUGACUGUCGACGUACAUCCUGAUGGAAAUGAAUAUGUCAAGGAAGGAUACAUUGGUUCAGCAAACUUAUACUUCAUGUGGGACCCACAGAACCAGAAAUAUAAUUUCCACCAAUUCUCGGAUAAAGUUAAUGAUCAGUAUUAUGAAGUGAAUCACAAAUCCCCAGAAGCACGUGCCUACAACUCGCCCACGUAUCUUUAUUACCCGUAUAGUAAUUAUUACCAGUUAGUGCCGCAAGAGUCCACAAUUCCGGAAAUUAUUUAUCCGGAAAUACUAGUCGUCGUCGAUUAUGAAAUGUUGAACGAAAUUCAUGAAGAUCAUAUAUUGAUGUACGUAAUACACCGAUGGAAUCUAGUUGAUAUGGUGUACCGCGGAUUGCGCAGCCCUGCCAUCAAAUUUAGUAUCGCGGGAAUCAUUUUACCAAUGAGUCCAGAUUCACUCCAAUAUUUUUCUGAUGGUUCAUAUUACACAAACAACAGAAAGAAUAUCGACAUGAACACUUCACUGAAUUCUUUCAAGCGAUGGUUGUUCCUCCACAAUCAUAUUAUUCCUAUCAACAGCUACGAUCUGGCCGUAACAAUGUUAUCAAAAAGACCGGAACCUAACUCUAAUCAAGGAUGGUCGAUAUUUAAUCCUCAACGCGGUGCAGCAUAUCCAGGCUCUGCCUGUGAAAUCGAUUAUUAUCGCCAAGAAGUAGUCAAAGCCGCUAUUGUAAUGGAUGCUGGAGUCUACGUAGAUAUAAUUGCAGCAGCUCAUGAAGUUGCCCACUCACUUGGAGCUGAUCAUACUGAUGGAAUAUGCAAUGGUCCACCAAAUUAUAUCAUGGAAAAAGUGAUCAAGCAUUCAUCGAGGGUGGUAGAAUGGUCACAGUGUACAGUUGAAGCAUUUCAAAAUUUUUUGAGAAAAAAUCCAACAUGUCUGUACAAUAAACCGAAAUUCUAA